GGCCACUCCCCAGCCGGCGGUGGGUGGCGCGCACUCGCAUAUGUCCUCCGCGCCACCGCGAUCGCCCACCCCGCGGGCCCCCAAGAUGAAGAAGGAUGAGUCUUUUCUGGGCAAGUUGGGUGGCACGCUGGCGAGGAAGAAGAAGACCAGGGAGGUGACUGACUUGCAAGAAGAAGGCAAGAGCGCCAUCAAUGCCCCGAUGGCCCCGGCUUUGGUGGACAUCCACCCUGAAGACACCCAGCUAGAGGAGAAUGAGGAGCGGACCAUGAUUGAUCCCACCUCCAGAGAGGACCCCAAGUUCAAGGAGCUGAUCAAGGUCCUCCUGGACUGGAUCAACGACGUGCUGGCGGAGGAGCGCAUCAUCGUUAAGCAGCUGGAAGGAGACCUCUACGAUGGCCAGGUGCUUCAGAAGCUGCUGGAAAAGCUGGGACACUGCAAACUGAAUGUGGCUGAGGUGACACAGUCUGAGAUUGGGCAAAAGCAGAAGUUGCAGACGGUCCUCGAAGCUGUGCAAGACCUGCUUCGGCCUCACGGCUGGCCACUGCGCUGGAAUGUGGACUCUAUCCAUGGGAAGAACCUGGUGGCCAUUCUCCACCUCCUCGUCUCCCUGGCUAUGCACUUCAGGGCCCCCAUCCACCUUCCCGAGCAUGUCACCGUGCAGGUGGUGGUUGUCCGGAAGCGGGAAGGCCUGCUGCACUCCAGCCACAUCUCAGAGGAACUGACCACGACCACAGAGAUGAUGAUGGGCCGCUUUGAGCGGGAUGCCUUCGACACGCUUUUCGACCAUGCACCGGACAAGCUCAACCUUGUGAAGAAGUCUCUCAUCACAUUUGUGAACAAACACCUGAACAAGCUGAACUUGGAGGUGACCGACCUGGAGACCCAGUUUGCAGAUGGUGUGUACCUGGUUCUGCUUCUGGGCCUCCUUGAAGACUACUUCGUCCCCCUCCACAACUUCUACCUGACACCUGACAGCUUCGACCAGAAGGUGCACAAUGUGGCCUUUGCCUUUGAGCUGAUGCUCGAUGGAGGACUCAAGAAGCCCAAGGCACGCCCUGAAGAUGUGGUAAACUUGGACCUCAAAUCUACUCUGCGUGUCCUUUACACUCUGUUCACCAAGUACAAGGACGUGGAGUGACACAGCAGCUGAUCCUUCCGGGACAGUUUCUAGGCAAGAAAACUCGGUGUAUCUGUCCACAAUCCCUGCCUUCCCAGGAGAUACUUCCUCCAGGGAGGCCUCAGGCUUCCCAUCCCAGCUGGGCAAUGCCCCUCCUCUCUGCUCCCUGCCUGGUUUGGUUGUUGUUUUAAACCCAUUUCCUCUGUGGCUCCCUAGCCGACCAGUUAGGCCUUUGAGAACUUGGUGCUUAAAACGUCCUCUCAGGUUUGAGGCCUCACUUCCUCUUUUUCUUCAAUGAAAAGGAACAAAGCCCUAGCCUAGCCCUCAACUGGAAAGGGCUGUCCACCUGUGCUCCAACCCACUGAGCAAUUACUGACAGAGCCCAGCAGCCCCGGCUCCAGGGACUCCGCCCCACUUGUCCUCAGGAAUCCCCUGGGCUGGGCUCUCCUUGGAAGCAGGGUCUUGUCUUAGUAAAAGGAUCUCGCAGUUUUUCACUCCUGUCUCAGAAGCCUUAGACUUGUGACGUGUGUUCCUGCCCCACCCCUAUCCAUCUUGUGGUUUACUGGUCUUGACUGACCUUUCUCAUAAACUCUCAGGACCCAGAAUGCCUCGGGCCCCCAGAGAAGCUGCACAGGGCCUGUCUGGGUCUCUUGCUGGCUCUGAAUGUGCCCGUUGAGCCGGCUUGGGGCCAGAACCUUGCGUCUCUGAGGCCUGUUAGGGAAUGGACACAUUUUUAGAGACUUUACGAGGGGGUGGGUAUCCAUUACUAGGGCUGCCUGAACACAGACUACAGGCAGCCAGAAUAACAGAGGCGUGCAUCUGUCGGCUCUGGAGGCUGGAAGGAGAUGGAGGUGCUGGCAGGGCCUGGCUUCUGAGGUCUCUUUCUUACUGCUUCUUUCGCACCAUCCCUUUUCCUGUAUCAGUCUUUUCUUCCUUCUGAUGUGGAACCCUUCCCCUGAUGGCCUCACUGACCCCAUGACAGCUGCAAGGUCUCCAAAUGCAGUCUCCCUCGGACACGCUGGGAGUAGGUUUGUGAGGCGUGUCUCAGCUGCUUGUGGGGGGGGCAUAUGAAAUGUCCACCUCCUUCCUAGAACUCUGCUGGCACCCCCUGCAGCAUGUCCUAUAAGAGAGAAUGCUGCUGCUCACACAAGCCAUUCACCACUCAUUCUCCUGGACUCCAGAGAGGCAUGGUGAUGCCAUGGCCGGCUGGCUUCUUGUCUGGGGAACCCUACUUCUGUGGCUCACCCCCAGUCCUCCUACCUCCAGCCUUCUAUACGGUCACCCUCUUCCUUGAGCCUUCAGCGUCCACAGCAGCUACAGGGAACCCCUCUCUUCUGAUUCCCACUUUGCUGUGAAGUUCCAGCAAGCGGUUUAAUAUCCUCCCUUGGUUCCGCUGUUGCUAAGCUGGGGAUGGUCUUGGAAUAGUUUGCUCCGGUGGAGGUGGCUUCCCAGCAGGGGAAAGAGAUAAUUAAAACGGCAUUACCGUGUCUCCCCGUGGGAUGCAGCGACAUUAACGAGCCACACUGACAAAAUAGCCAAGACUGGAACAUUCUGUGCAGCCUCCCCUACAUGCACACAACCACAGCAGCGUCUGGGAGCUGCUGGGUCCUCCUUGCUCUGCUCACAGGUGGUCUUGGCAAGGGUGUCUCGUAUCCCUGGAGCAGGGAGCCUUGAUGCAAAGGGUUUGCAGAGACCUGUGGUGCUGAGGGGGAAAAAGGGGUUGGUCUGGGAAAGGCAGUGGUUUCCUGCACAUCUCUAUCUGGAGGACGCAAGUCCCACUUGGAAUCCAAGUGGACUCCUUGCCCUACAGCAGAACUGGUGAAGCCAGGGUUCCAUGAAGAUAUGACCUUCCCUGUUGGCUGAGCGUAGAAGUGUGGUUUUGAAACGCCAGUGAAGGGCUGCCCAGUGGGGAGUUAGCACUCAUACCACAGCCUGGACAGAGGCACCUGGAGACCAACUUCAGGGCCACCUGUGUGGCAAGGCUUUCUUCACAGAUAGCCAGCUGGUGCCCGGUUAGCUUUGGGAGAGCUGUCUCCCUCCAUGCCCUCGGGUAACCAGUGCCUCCUCUUCCAAUUUUCCCAAGGCUCUCACUGGGGGCCCCCUGGAAUGCAAAUACUUCCCUUUGAGUUCCAGGAAGUUCUGGAACCUUCUACUGUUUGGAUCUACAUUCUCUCCUGAUAUUUAUUUGAAGGGAAGUCUGGCCACCAAAACUGGUAGAAAUGCCAUCAUCUGUCGCCCAACACACAGAGUCACAAGGAAAGGUCAGGCAGGUCUGAACCCCCCACCCCCAGGUCUGCAGGCCAGGUCUGGGGUUGCCCCCUUUGUCCUGUACCAAUUGCACGUCUCCUCCAGCCCUGAUGACCUGGGUGGACCAGCAGGCAUGUCUUGUUCCUCUUUUGCGCCCAGUCGUGCAAGCCCUGAGCCCAGGGCCCCUGUAUCCUCAUGGACCUGACAAAACGGGAUCUUAUUUUCAAACAGCCAAAUCCGCCCCCUCUAUGCUGUAGCGCUUUAUUGUCUUUUUAAUUGUUCGAAGCAAAGUGUCCUUUGGAUUUCUGGAUAUUAAAUAAAAACCACUAAACCCC